AUGGCGAACUCUCUAGCCUGUGCCAGUCGUGAUGUCCGAACGGGAGAGUAUAGAGAGCGACCCCCAGCCGGCGGCAACAAUACCAGUGACAGCGACAAUUAUUUCACAGAUCACCCUGAACGAACAGAGGAGCUGAACGAAAGAUACAAUGGUGGCCAAGAAAGCGAAAAAGAGGAAGCCGCCCCGCCCUCUCCUCACAUUCACUUUCGCUCCAACGCCAGCCUCGCGGAUGAGGUUCCUCGCCGACAGCCCCCCGAAGACCCUCGCGCAGAAUGGGACCGAUCGCAGAGACUUAAUGAGCCCCAUCCUCCCUCAAUGCCAUAUUACCAUGACACUUCAGAUAUUGCGGAUACACCACUACGAGAUCGAGCGCAGGCCGAUCAGGGUCACGAAGCCGGGGAGGAAAAGAAACCCGACGAAAUACCACCGGAGCAAAAAGCACCAGAACGCGCCUGGCCUGACACAUUGAAUCUUCAAAGCACGAAGCAGAGACUCCGCUCAGCGACCGAGAGACUCAGACAGAAAGCGUCUCGUUUCGGAGAACGCUUGGGCCGGCCAACUACUGGUGGAGACGAUCUACAAUCGGGUGUGUACCACCGCGACUGGGCGUCCGGGGGUGAAGUCCCGCUAUCAGAUGUAACGGACAAUAAGAAUAAGACUGAUGACGAGAAACGACAGCACCAGGCCGAAAGUAGCUCCGAGGCCCAUCGUCUGGUGCGCGACCUGACGCAGAAUCAGUCCUCCCGGCGGCGCAAAACGCGCGGUCGGCCAUAUCCGCUCGGUGGGACGGAGCAGGUUGGCGGCGACGAAGAGUCGGCUCUCGAGUCCGGGUUGCGGUAUCGCUCUGGUGGAGGUGGGAUUCUAUCGCAGUUGAUGAAGCUCAAUGGGGGAAAUCAGCAACCGGCAGACAUGGCGUCGCGCACGCCGAGUCAGUCUUCGCUCGAGUCAGCUGCUCCAGCUUCCAAGUCUGACUCGGAGUCCGGAAGAGAAACACCCGGGAGAAAGGGCAAGCCGCCCAAGUGGUAUAAAAGGCCCCCCAAUACGUCGACGUCCACUCUGAUCGGCGUUCCAGGGAGCCUGAGUGGAGCAAGCACACCGGUCUCGAGCGAGGUGCUAUCGGCAGCGUCCCAACGCCGCGGCAAGCAGUCAGACCACAAAGUCAAGCUAGAGGAUGAGAUUCGAGUGACCAUCCACAUUGCCGAGAUUAUCUGUCGACAGCGGUAUAUCAUGCAGCUCUGCAGGGCCUUGAUGGCAUUCGGCGCCCCGACCCACCGACUGGAAGAAUACAUGCAGAUGACGGCCAAGAUCCUGGAGGUCGACAGCCAAUUCUUGUAUCUGCCUGGUUGCAUGAUCAUGUCGUUUGAUGAUCCGAGUACGCGAACGACAGAAGUAAAGCUCGUCCGAGUCGCACAGGGCGUCGAUUUGGCACGACUCUCCGAUACCCACCUCAUCUACAAGAAUGUCAUCCACGAUGUGAUUGGGAUCGAAGAAGCAGUGCAGGAACUAGACGCGGUCAUGAAGAAAAAGCCCCGCUACCCCAAAUUUAUUGUCGUUCUGGUAUACGGGCUGGCGACUGCGACCGUUGGUCCUUUUGCGUUCAAUGCACGUCCCAUCGACAUGCCCAUCAUCUUCAUCAACGGCCUUCUCGUUGGCGCUAUGCAACACGUCGCCGCCCCUCGAUCAGUCCUCUACUCCAACGUCUUCGAGGUAACAUCGACAGUGGUGACCUCGUUUCUGGCUCGCGCUUUCGGUAGCAUCCCGCAGACAAUUGUGGAUGGCAAGCGGCAGUACAUCUUCUGUUUCUCGGCCAUCGCGCAGGCCUCGAUUGCGUUGAUCUUGCCCGGGUUCCUCGUGCUGUGUAGCAGCUUGGAGCUGCAGUCCCAUCAAAUCAUUGCUGGUUCGAUCCGGAUGGUAUACGCGAUCAUCUUCUCGCUUUUCCUCGGCUACGGCAUCACCGUUGGCACUACGAUAUACGGGCUCAUGGAUAACGGCGCCGUGUCAGACAUUCAAUGUCCCCAAAAGGGGGCAUUUACGAACCCAUACGUUCAGCGCUUCCCUUUCGUGGCCAUCAUGACAGUCUGGCUGUUGAUCAUCAACCAGGGGAAAUGGAAGCAACUGCCGCCAAUGACGAUCAUCGCUCUAUCAGGAUACAUCAGCAACUACUUCAGCACCAAGAAACUUGGGUCGAAUUCUCAGGUCGCCAAUACGGUGGGCGCGUUCACAGUUGGCAUCAUGGGAAAUUUGUACAGCCGCCUUUGGCAUGGGCACGCCGCCACCGCCAUCUUACCAGGUAUCUUCAUUUUAGUGCCGUCCGGUCUUGCUGCAACGGGCUCGUUGAUAUCAGGCGUGCAGUCUGCAGACCAGAUCAGGCAAAAUGUUACAUCCCAUGGCUCAGCAAGCUCUUCCCCUGGGGCCGGGUUAGCCUCAAGUAGCUCGGAGUUCAGCUUGGGAUUUGGUAUGAUUCAGGUGGCGAUUGGCAUCACUAUUGGCUUGUUUAUCGCGGCGCUGGUUGUUUAUCCUUACGGAAAGCGUAGAAGCGGCCUCUUUAGCUUCUAG